AUGAAAAUUAUUGAAUAAAAUAGCAUGGUCAACAAUUACACUAAGUAGAGUAGUAAUUUAAGAAGGUUUUAUUGAUUAUGAAGCGGAAGUUGAUGAUUCUUUAUAUGGAAUGGCUAACCAAUUUAAUGUUUUCGAAGACUACAUUAGGAGAAUCAAUUUUUUGGCAAAUGAUUUAAUAUUUCAUGCUUAAAUCAUAAAAUACCCAGCAAGGAUGAGAAUAUGUUUCCAUUUAUUCACAUCCAAGAAUCAAAGGAAAAAUUAGAAUCUUUAUGGAACUAUGAGGCUAAUUCAAUCAGAUACUAUGUAGUUCAUAAUUAUAACUAAUUGAU